AUGGCUCUACGUAUUACAAGGAGUUCUCGUUUGGCUGGAGAGAAUUCAAAUGUAGUUGCUGGUAAAUCCGUGAUGGCAUCCAAGCCCGGACUGAGACCCCGGGCGGCGCUUGGGGAAAUAGGAAAUAACGUGGCGGUGCCCAGACAGGCUUUGAAGAAGAAGGAUGUAACCACGGAGCCCGUCAAAGUGGCUGCGAAGGUUCCACCGACUACAAAGCAAGUGCCCAAAGUUGAGGAAGAGAAGGCUCCGUGUGAGCCAUCCUCUCCUGUGCCAAUGGAGACUUCAGGUUGUGCUUCAGAUGACCUGUGCCAGGCCUUCUCAGAUGUGCUACUCAACAUAAAGGAUGUGGAUGCUGAUGAUUAUGACAAUCCCAUGCUGUGCAGUGAAUAUGUGAAAGACAUCUAUAAAUAUCUCAAUCAACUUGAGACUGAACAGGCUGUCAGACCAAAGUAUCUAGAAGGAAGAGAGGUCACUGGGAAUAUGCGUGCAAUCCUCAUUGAUUGGCUUGUCCAAGUCCAGAUCAAGUUCAGGUUGCUGCAGGAAACCAUGUACAUGACCGUUGCAAUUAUUGACCGCUUCCUUCAGGACCACCCAGUGCCCAAGAAGCAGCUCCAGCUCGUCGGCGUCACUGCCAUGUUCAUUGCCUCCAAAUAUGAAGAGAUGUAUCCUCCAGAGAUUGCAGACUUUGCCUUUGUUACUGAUCGAGCUUAUACUACAGCUCAGAUUCGUGACAUGGAGAUGACCAUUCUGAGGGUGCUCAAAUUUAGCUUUGGCAGACCCCUGCCCCUCCAGUUCCUCAGGAGGGCUUCAAAGAUUGGAGAGGUGACCGCUGAGCAUCAUACACUGGCCAAGUACUUUGUGGAGCUCACGAUGGUGGACUACGACAUGGUACACUUCCCUCCUUCCCAGGUGGCCAGCGCAGCCUUUGCUCUUACACUGAAAGUCUUCGACUGUGGUGAAUGGACCCCCACCCUCCAACACUACAUGGGCUACACGGAGGACAGUCUGAUCCCUGUGAUGAAGCACAUUGCCAAGAAUGUCGUCAAGGUUAAUGAAGGGCUCACAAAGCACCUGGCGGUUAAGAACAAGUACUCGAGUCAAAAGCAGAUGAGGAUUGCUACUAUUCCUCAGCUCAAGUCUUCACUAAUUAAGGACCUUGCCAAACAAAUCUCCUGA